ACUCAAUGUGGUUUAUUUUCGAAUAUAGCCAGACGAUCGGAAUCCUGCAUUAGUCUGCCGUUAUCCGUCGAGCACGCACGUUAUGUUUGAAAAAUCGAAACAUAUUAAAUCAGCUCCAGAUGAUCGACUGUAGUGAAGUGAUAUAUUAUGUGUACGAAUCAUACAAAUUUUAGUGUUGAACGGUUGCUGUCGGAUAUAUCUAGUCAUUCACAGCAGUUAAAAUUGUUAAGUGAUUGUAGUGAUUGCGGUUUGAAUGAAUUAAAUGAUUCGAACGAAGCUGAUUUUACGUGUCCUGGAAGCGAUAGACCUAUUGCUCAGUCCGCGCAAUUUGAGCCAUCACCAGCAGUGCAGUCUGAAAACUCAGCCACCAUACAAAUCAAACGACCAUUGCCGAUGAGAGCAAAACCUAUUGCUAUAGGUAUAAAAAUUGACACACCAUUCGAAGUGGCUUCUUAUGAGAAAGAUAUUCAGAGAGUUCACCGAUAUACAGGUGCUUCAGUGCCAGGAGAUGAAGGCUACAACGUAUUCCAUGAUUGUAUAAUCAAUGGUAUGCACCAUCAAAAUAAAAUGUGUAAAUUGGGAGAAGCCGAGAUUAGCAGAAAGGGCAAACGAUCCUGGUCACGAGCGGUUUUUAGCAAUCUCCAGAAAAAAGGCCUUGAAAGAACCUUCCAGAAACAGAAAUACAUUACCAACCCAGACAGAAAACGUCUAGCUGCCAAUCUAGGAUUACAUGAUUCUCAGGUUAAAGUUUGGUUUCAAAAUCGGCGAAUGAAAUGGAGAAAAACUGUCAAGCCUGCUUGUAAAAAUACAUCGCAAGAGAUACGCAAUGAAGCAGAGCUGCAAAGCUAUGAAGAGUCCUCCAACGAAGCAGAUAGUGAUGACAAUGUAAUUAUCGAUUAGUCCAUAAAUAUAUCCUUUUUAUUCCAGUUUGUAUUUCAGUUUUAUAAACUAUUUAAAA